AUGUUCCACCAGCCGUCUCCAAACAGGUGCGGCUUUCACGGCGUUGGUCAGCCAUCCGCUUCAGUUUCUCGCGCCGUGCUGUUUACUUUCAGCAGAGGCCUAUGCAAACACAAGGUGUCCAUGUUGUGCACCACGCCCAGGGCGACGCUCUGGUUUUCAGCCUACGUCAAGGUCUUUCGGACCUUAGGGGGAACCCUGGAAGCCAUCAGUGUCCUCGCAGAGAUCCUGGCCUUCCAGGCGAAUAGCAUCUUCAUCCUGUUGGCUGCAGGGAUUCUAGGAGCUAUGGCCUCUGCCAUGAAUGACGCCACCCGCGCCUGCAUCUUGCAACACUUCUCCAAGGAGAAAAACAACCAUGAUGUGACCCUGAAGGAGAACAACCAAGACAGUGCCGGUGGCUUCGUGGGGUGUCUCGGAGGCUUGCUGCUGGUCUACUUGCUGGGCUCCGAAUUUGAUCGUCACUCCGGCAGCUUAGUGAUGGCGGCCACCAGUUGCUUCUGCCUGUGCUGUAUUCAUGCAGUCACAAAUCUGGCGUCAGCAAUGGUGCUGAAGAUUUCGCCGGCGACCUUCACGCUGCAGCACUGCAAAACAAGGAGAUUUGUGACACUGACCUCUGGCAAUACUUUGGCUGCUACUGCUGAUACUGCAAAGGCUGGGAAUGUGGAGAUUUUUCGACUGCCAUCAGACCAGAUUCCGGGAAAGGCUUUAAUGAGUGUGGAUGGCGUGUGGUUCGAUCAAGAUGGUGUGGCUACCGAUCACCCCGUAGCAUCUGAACUGGAAGAAGAUGGGCAGAGCGUGAGACUGCGAGACGAAAGGUAUGAACUUGGACCCUGCACCCGGUUGCCUAGCAGUUCCAAAGCCCGUUCGGGGAUCUUCUUUCCUCCAGGCUGGCCUACCUCCAUGCCGGAUGGCUAUGAUGAAUACAUGGCCUACGAAUUGGUGGUUAGCAUCGUGGCCACCCCCAUGAGCCUGCUCAAUUACUUCAUUUUUUGGAAGUAUGUGGCUGGGGUGGGAGAUGGCACCAAAAGCCCGGCUUUUGCGUGCUUCUUGAUGUUGUAUUUGGAUUUUGUGAGUAUACUCUGCGGCCUACUUAGUGGGUUGCCGAUGUUCGCCAAGCACUACGAUCAUAGGUGGUUGUGCCUCAGCUUCUUCCUUAACGCCUUUGCCACGGGGACCAUCGUCGUGGCUCAGGUUUGCCCCUUGCCGUGGUACCUCCUGCUGUCGGGACUUGCGCAGCCCUUCAAGAGUUUGGCGGGCGUUGCAGGCAAGACGGUGAGUGCGGAACUGGAAAGACGUUUUGCCAGCCAUCCCAAUGUCGACUUGAUCCAUUUGAAGUCCUGCAAGAGGAAUCGCGACACCGUAUUGAACCUGCUGAGCAGUAUCCUUUGUGUUUGCUACGCGUUCCACAUGUACAACUGCAGCAUUGACCCAAGCUUGCCAGGAAUGAUCCUGACCUUCUUCAUGCUCUUGUCCUUCAAGCUGGCCGCGGAGUACAAGAAGUCCCAGGUGGCGGCAAGAGUAUUGACAUCAGAUCAGGCGUCAGCGUCGUACGACCUCAUUGAGGACGAAGCUUCCCAUCAGCCGAGGAUGGAGCCUCAAGGCACAGAGCAAUCCUCGGAGGUUCCCACGCAUCGCUUCACUGCAAAGAAGUUUGCUUGGACUUUGCUGCUGGUCGCGGCCGAAGCAGCUGUCUACGGGGGCCUGGUGACCACCUUGUCGGCCAGCAAGGAUCAACUGGAACCCUGCACUGAAAGGUGUUUGCAGUUCAAGUUUUUCGGCGACGGCUCAGCAAUUCCUGGCACUGGCAUGUUCCCCUUUCCCGUAAAGAACGGACAGGACCAGCGACUUCUCUCCGAGACCUGCGUCUCCUAUGGCGGAAUGGACUGUGACGCCUUCAUCGGAGCCUGUAGUGUCUCCAGAUGUGAAGAGCGGCACGUGCGACGCAUGGUGGAAGAUCGAUUGAGCCGUUCCAAGUCUAAGAUGGGCUUCAUCGCUUCGAUUGCCGUGUAUUCCGCUCUAAACUUGGCACAUGACCUGGGAUUAGAGGCGCACUUGCUGGGACCCAACGAUGCGGUGAUGCUCCAGAUCUUCGCUUCACUUUCCAUGGCCGUUAUGGCAGCCUGCGCAUUGAUGUGGGCUUCUGGUGCCAUGGAGCUGUUCUACAGUCCCUCCGAGUCCUGUGGCUGUUAUUUCCGCCUGGCCGCCGUGCCCUCUGUGGUGGCCCUCGCCUUGCCGUUGAACUUGGUGAGUCGCUUGAGAUCGAACGUCCAGCAGGCCAUGUAUGCUGCGAUAAUUGAGUCCAGUUGCUUGCGAACAGUGUCCUUCUCCGUUCCCUACCACUUCAUCGAGACCGCGGGGAUCAAUGGAGCUGAAAGCCUGGGGCAGCUGAGUUUGCUGGGUGUAAAAGGCCUGGGUUGUCCACGGCCAGGACUGAGCGUGAAGCGCUGGGCACAGUGGCUCCCGUUGCUGUCGGUGGGGAUUAUUUUGUUUCCUCUACUCUUCUCCAGUAGCUUCAUCGUGUACCGCAUCAGUGAUCUUUUCCUGGCAUGGCUUGAGGAUUGGCUGUCCAAGCACGUGGCUCGGCCUGACUGUCUGGAGAAGCACAAGACCGCAGUGGGACAGCCCUGGCAACUGGACCGAAGUUGUGGCACUUUGGCCCUCUUUGGGGUCUAUAGCAUGAUCGGCAUGCAGGCCCUGGUGAUUGGCUACUUCCUCUCUGGGCUGUGGACGUUGUAUCAUGGCUGA